CGGCUCCUUCAGCUGGCCCAGUUUCCCGUCGGGCUCGUACUCGUUCCCGGCACCUUCAGGCUCAUUCUCUUGGCCCAGCUUCCCCACUGGAUCGUUCUCCUUCCCGGCACCUCCAAGUCCCACUGGAGCGGUCCCAAAGGUGAAACGUGACGAGGCUGAUACCUACCCAACUCUUACUGUGCCAACUGUCUCUGUGCCGCACCACACUGUCACAGUGCCGACCGUUUCUGUGCCCCACUCAACCACCACCAAGACCACUGUCUCGGUUCCCCACCCAACUACGGUCUCGGUGCCUCACCCAACCACCACCACUAAAUCGACAGUUUCUGUGCCCCACCCAACCACCACCAAGUCUACGGUCUCUGUGCCUCAUCCGACCACGACUAAGUCUACCGUCUCGGUACCCCACCCAACGGUCUCUGUGCCUCACCCAACCUGGUCCUGGUCGGUACCACCAAAGCCAACUUGGUCUCUACCUCCGAUCCCUAGCUACUCUCCUCCACCUAAGCCAACUUGGUCUCUGCCACCCAAGCCGAGCUACUCCCCACCACCCAAGCCAACCUGGUCUUUGCCACCAAAACCGACGUCCUCGGUUCCACCAAAGCCAUCGUCCACGCCUAAGCCGACGAUCUCUCAUGCU